AUGUCAGUCUUGGUUCUUGGAGCUGAAAUCAGAGGUGUACCAGAGCUGGCUCCUCUUGGCCCCAAGAACCAGAUUUUCUUAUUCCUGACGGCCUGUGGUCACUCCCUGGGCAGCUUGAAACCUGUCACGGCUGCAGUGGUCUUCAUCGCAGAAUCCACAGAAGGAAGCCGAGAACCUGGUCAGGAGGGAUCUCUGGUCUCUGAUCUCGGAUCUCUGGGCAGAGGAACCCCCGUCUCCUGCCUGGAGCUUGCAAAAUCUCCUCUGAGGACCGAGGCCCGGAGGUCCGGACCGACGCGUAGACAGCCCCCGGCCCCCGCCUCCGACCCGGGGAGGCUCGGCGCGCGGCCCCGCAGCCCUAAGGAGGCCCCGCCUCCCCGGCGGAAGGUGCUGGUCCCGUCCGGGCGCCGGGGACGUCUGGCAGACCCCGGACGCCCCGCGCCCCGCGCCCCGCGCCCCGCGCGCCGGGAGCCGACCCCGCCCCUUUUUGCCGCAGGUCGCGCCCGGCGCCAAACACCGGCUUAG